GGGUAUAAAAUCGAAUUGUAUGAUCCACGCAAAAAUAACACGAUCGAUAAGCGAAGCAAACGCGUCAUCGUUCCCCACAUAUGAUUCUUCGCGAGCAUUCAACUGUACUCGUUUCAGCAUCAUUCAAAGAUGAGCGAUCCGGCUCGUAAUUGUCAGUAUUGCGCGACUACUGUUGACUAUCGCUCCGAGAGUCUGUGAAUUGCACGAGUUAUUCUAUGUAGAGUAUAAGGAGAGAUCAUAUGAUCGAGAGCAGCCAGAGACGAUAUUUUGCCUUGUGGGAACAAGAGCGAUGUCGAUCGUAACGUAGAAGUAUCCCCCUCCGAGGUCGAGUCAACUGAGGAGACGAAGGAGAGGAGCUUGAGAAUCUUAUUUACAUUGUCGCGAGCACACCAACUGACACGUGAAUGGAUUGUCAUCUGCCUCGCGUACCGAUCUUGCGACAGACGUGAGACAUAUCAUGGCGAGCACGAGCGAAAACAUUACUUGCGGUGGCUUCGUGUUUUUCAACAACUUUGACUCGGCCAAUCUGGCUAAAGUGGAACAAGUGAAAAUACCAGAGACUUCUGAGAAAGAUAUUUACGAAAUUGAAAGUAAAUUGUCCAAUAACUCGAAUUCUAAGGAGAUAGCAGAUUAUGAAUUUAAUCUAUGGACAAAGCAUGAUUGUCAUGGUACACAAUUUCAAAACAACAAUAGGACUUGGUUUUAUUUCGGAGUCAGAUCUAAUUAUCCAAGUGUCUUGGUCAGGUUCAAUAUAGUCAACUUGAACAAGCAAGUCAAGAUGUUUAGUCAGGGAAUGUGUCCAGUUUUUAAAAUUGUACCAGGACAUUUACAUUGGGAACGACUUCGUGAAAAACCUACAUACACUCUUGAUCAGAAAGGAAAUGACUUUACUUUAUCCUUCCUCUAUUACACUCCAGAAAAUUCAAAAGCUAUUACUUACUUUGCUUUUACCUAUCCAUUCUCAUAUACAGAUUUACAAAAUUAUUUGAAAAGGAUUGAUGCAAGAAUGGAUAAAAGGAGUGUAAUGUGUGCAGAUGAUAUCUAUUAUCAUAGAGAAUGUGCAAUAAAAUCUUUGGAAGAUCGUAGACUAGAUGUAUUAACUAUAAGCUCCUAUCAUAACAUAUCAAUGGAGAGAGAAGAUAGACUGAUUAAUAUGUUUCCUGAGAAAAGUGAGGAGAGGCCUUACAAAUUUCGAGACAAAAAGGUAAUUUUUAUUAGUGCUAGAGUCCAUCCGGGUGAAACACCAUCUAGCUUUGUUCUGAACGGUUUUCUCAAUUUUUUGUUAACUCGUGAGGAUCAGAUUGCCAUACAUUUACGUCGCCUAUAUGUGUUCAAAUUAAUACCAAUGCUCAAUCCAGAUGGUGUCGCUAAAGGUCAUUAUCGCAUGGACACUAAGGGAGUAAAUUUGAAUAGAGUUUAUCUAAAUCCUUCUGAAGUAGAUCAUCCAACGAUAUAUGCUGCAAGAAAUUUAAUAAGAUAUUAUCACAAUUUUUAUCAAGUACCAAGCGAAUUAAUUGACGACCUGUCAGAUAUAAAUUUAGAAAUUGUAGACAGCAAACUAAACAUUAUAAAUUCAACUGCUUCAAUAGCAAAUGCUGUACGUGAUACAACUACAAGACUGUUGCAACAAGUAACAUUUAUGUCAUUGGAUGAAAAUAGAUGCACUCAGGAAACUAACGAGAAAUUAUUGACAUUGGAAAAUUUGGACAGUACAGUUAUUGAUGAAAGGGAUGAAUUAUCUAAAGAAAAUGGUAAGAAUGAUAAUAUCACGGAAGAAAGAAUAAAUGACAAAGUAACUUAUACAGCCGUCGGUAUGGGCGAGAUAUCAAAGUCUUCGGAUAAUUCUGGAUUGUAUUUAUACAUCGAUCUACAUGGUCACGCUUCAAAAAAAGGUGUAUUCAUGUACGGAAAUCACUUUGCCGAUCCGGAGGAUACUAUUGCAUGUAUGCUAUUACCUAAAUUGAUGUCUAUCAACAAUCCAAACUUUCAUUUUACAUCCUGCAGUUUUGCAGAGCGAAAUAUGUACAUUAUAGAUAAACGAGAUGGCAUGUCGAGAGAAGGUUCGGGACGCGUAGCAGUUUACAAGAUGACUGACCUAAUACGCAGUUAUACUUUAGAAUGCAAUUAUAAUUCUGGUCGUUUGGUGAACAUAAUACCAGCUAGAGUUCGCGAUGGGAUAAACAAAACUAUGAAUCCUAUGUAUGUUCCUCCGAAAUAUACCCCAGCAGUUUUCGAAGCGGUUGGCGCAGCGUUAGGCCCAUCCAUUCUUGAUCUCACUGGAAGCAAUCCCAAUAGCCGAUUGCCAAACAGCCAAUAUCGUUCUCUAAGAGGAAUAAAAUCUCAUUUAAAGUUAGCAUAUGUGAACAAUCUGUCCUCAUCAUCCAACAAAUCGAUGCGUAAGAAUAAUAAAGGUAUCGUCGCGCAAAAUAUUUGCAUCCUGAAAGAAUUGGAGACAAAGCUAAGCGACGCGGUAACGGGAGCGAAAAAUGCUAUUAAGAGUGAAAAUAAUUUAGUGAAGAAAUGCAUUCUACGCCGCAGUGCCUCUCUUUAUGCAGCGGUAAAAAGAAUCAAGAGUAAUAAGAAGCCUCGGCAAACACUUGCUCGUCGAGCGUUAAAGAAUCAUUGUUAUAAUAAUGUGGAGAACAGCGCGAUAAUCUGCGCAGUCAAAUCCAAAGUGGAAAGAAAAACCUUCCUAAAGACGAUCGAUCAUUAUCCAUCGAAUAAAUCUAACGUAGGAUCAGUGAUCGGUGACAAUCUCGAAUCGCGUUUAAGCACAAGUAAGAGAUUAACGAAUAAUUCUGUGAGGAUGCAUAUAUCUUCCGAAAAAACAGCGGCUGUAAAACACGGUGCGAAAAGAUUGAAGAUCAUUUCGUCCACUAAGACAUUCAAGGCUCUCCCCGAGAUCAGAGAUUCUAACGUCAUGGGGGAAACUGAUGCGAAAGUAUCCUUGAAGAUAACACGUACUUACGAGAAACAGAAUGCUAAAGGAGUGCACGAUAAGGCUAGACUUGGUGGACACAUCAAACCAGAUAAGUCCUUUAGACUGAAAGAAACAAAUAAGACUGCUGUUAAAGAGAGUUUCAUAUUUGAAGGAGGUAAGAAGCAAAAUUCUAAAUAAGCUUCAAUGUUGAAAAAGAGUUGCUAACUUAUUUCGUUGUUGUUUUUCUGAGGCAUUGUCUUUUCAGAAACAUAUUUUGCAUAUUGUAAUAUAUAGGAUGAGUUAUAUAAUCCCAAAAAAACAAAUACUUUCUUAUAAAAAAUCUAAUAAAAAGUAUAUAUAAGUAAAUUUUUUAUACAUUCUGAAUAUAAUAUGCAAAAUGUAUAGUUAAAUUUCUUAUUUAUAUUAUACUUUAUGAUACAAAUAUGUAAUAUUGUAUCAUUGUAUACUAUUUUUAAUGUUUCUCUUUUCAAAAAGUGAUAUAUUUAUUUGCCUUUUUAAUUAAAAAAGGCAAUAAAACUGUGAAAUUGCCAUAUAAAUGUAUAUAUCAUGUUAUUAAUAUAUAUUAGACAUAAAAUGCUAUCCAAUUGACUCUAUGUAUAAUGAUUUAUUAUUUAUAUACUAACAAUAAGUCUCUUUUUUCUUUAAUUUUCCAAACAAUUAUAUUUCAAUAAUGUUUAGGCCAAAAACUUGUCACAAAUUAAAAUUAUUUGUUUAUUUUGAAGAAGAUAUUUUAAGGUCAGCAUAAUCAUAUUCUCUUUUUCCAUAUUUAAAAGAUGAUUUAUGUAGUGUAAAUAUUUUUAAAUUUGGAUUUUUGUUAUAUCGGUUUUCUUAGAUAAGAAAAAUGUAGAAGAAUAACUUUGUAUAAUAAUAUUCUGUUAUCCACUCUAGUUGAAUAUAAAAAAAGAUGUACUUUUUUUAUAUCUC